AUGAACCUUAAAUUGAAAAAAAUAUACACACCCCUAAUAUUUUUUAUUAUAAUAAUAGAAACAACUGGUAUAGACUCUGAUGAAUCGUCACCAGAUGAGAAUCCUCGACCAGGCACCAGGGGCAGAAUUAUAAAAUCAUAUUCUGGAGCGAGACCCGAACCCAUAAUUUGUACAGGUGAAGGCUUUGUGAAAGAUCCUCAUAAUUGUGCUAUGUUUUAUCGGUGCAUGAAAUCAGGAAACAAUAAAUACACUAUAUUUAGGUUCCAAUGUGGGCCCGGGACUAUUUACGAUCCCGAUCAUGAGGUGUGCAAUCAUCCCCAAUCCACAACGAGAUCUGAAUGUAUUGGUAUUUCACCACCUUUUAUACAUACUACACAUAUUAAUGACAUUCAGGACAGUAUGUAUAAUGAAAUACCCUCUCCGAUGGUGAGCAGUAAACAAAUACAGCCUUCAAAUACAUUACAAAAGACCAGUAUAAUGAAUGUAAAACAAACGCCACCAUCGAAUGCAAUAAACUCUACAACAAAACUUUAUAUUUUAUCUACAACAGCGAGCCCUUAUCCAUGGGCGUCAUCGAUAAACCUAAUCAAUGUUGAUCGUAAUUUACAUAAAACUACCGUGAAACCACUAAGCACAGAAACUAAAAUAUCACAGUCCAUUUCUCGAGAUAAUAUUUGUACAUCAGAUGGAUUCAUGGGAGAUAACGAAAAUUGUCGUAAAUUUUACAGAUGUGUAGUAAACCAAAAAGGGGGAUUUACGAGAUAUGAAUUUAUGUGUUCUGAAACAACGGUAUGGGAUGAAGUCAAUCAAAUUUGUAAUCAUGUUUGGGCAGUAAAGAAAAGCAGAUGUAGUCUUUACAAUGAAAAAGUUACUGACUCAAAUAUGCAAUUUACCACUGAAAAAUUGCACACACCAGAAAAAAAUACAAUGGAACUACACAUCAAAGAAAAUACAAAAGAUAAUACUGUUCAUACUAUUCAGGAGCAGCUUCAAAUAGGCUAUGGUACAAAAGUCACUCAAUCGCAAACCCAAAUAGGUAAUGGUUUCGUGGAACAAAAUCAGACACAAAUUAAUUACGGUGAUCGGUUAAAUCAAAAUGAAAACAAGGGAAGCAAACAAAAUCAGACUCAAAUCAGUCAUGGGUCAGCCGUAAGCCAAUCACAAAUUCAAAUUAAUUAUGGGAAUACAGGGGUUCAAACUCAAUUACAAAUCGACCAUUCCAAAGAAGCAAGUCAAAACCAGAUCCAGAUCAGCGAGACGUCAACAAGAAAAUCUUCAACUACCAUAUUUCAAUUAGAAAAUCAAGAAGAACAUAAGGCUGAUAGUACAGAUUGCACAGAGGAUGGAUUUAUAGGCGAUAGUAAUGACUGUCAAAAAUUUUAUAGAUGUGUUAAUAAUGGACAAGGAGGCUUUAAAAAGUUUGGAUUUAACUGUGCUGAUGGCACAGCAUGGGAUUCCAGUAUCAAAAGCUGUAACCAUAUAUGGGCCGUUAAAGAAUGUAAUUUACAUGGGCCUGUUGAGUCUAGUCAACAUACGGUAACAACUAUAUACAAAACAACACAGAGUUAUCAUACAACAAUGUCUACAGAACAUACAACACCACAAUCCAUUGCAGAUAAUGAAGACAGCAACAGCUCUGGUUAUGGAAAUUCUAUGCCAGAGUCGAUGCAAACACCGCCAUCAAGUACAACAAUAACUACGCUAAUUGAUUCGAAUGGAACUAAAUGUGUGUCUGAUGGAUUUAUAGGAGAUAGUAACGAUUGUAAAAUAUUUUAUAGAUGCGUUGAAGACGGCAAUGGAGGUUUUACAAAACAUAUAUUUAAGUGUGGCGAAGGAACAUUAUGGGAUCCAGAAAUUAAAGCGUGUAAUCAUGCAUGGGCUGUUGCAAAAUGUAACGGGAACAUCUCGUCAGAUAUUAAUAAACUAGAGUCAACGACUAAAAACACAAAAACUUCUACACCUAUUUAUAUUCAAAGUACUACAUCAGCACAUUUCCCUACUAUAUCGUCUGAUGAACACGAAUUUGAUGUAAACAAUUUACCAGGAUAUGGACAGUCGAAUAAUGAAAUUCAAACAACCACAACCACGACGUCGAGCAAGCGUCCACCAAUAUGGGGCCAACUCGAUAAUAUAUGUAAAUCUAGUGGCUUUACUGGGGAUAAGUACGACUGUAAAAAGUUCUAUAGAUGUGUUGAUAAUGGACACGGAGGCUUUUCUUACUAUGAAUAUACUUGUAGUACAGGAACAGUUUGGGAUAAUAGAAUAAAUGCUUGCGGCUCAAGUGACUGUAAAAGAUUUUAUAGAUGUGUCGAUGACGGAAAUGGAUCUUACAUAAGAUAUGAGUUUUUGUGUGGAGAAGGAACUUUGUGGGAUCAGGAACUUAAAUCAUGUAACCAUGCAUGGGCAGUGACUAAAUGUGGCUCUAAUAGUGAAUCUUUACCAAUAAAUAAUGAUCUUAACCAUAAGAUUCCGCCAAAUGCAAAUGCAGAUUCUCAAAUCAGUAGCACAACCAGUGCUUUCCCUACUUCUUCUGAAACAACAGAGCAAGAAACUACUAGUGAAUUGUGCGUCAGUAGUGGUUAUUUUGGUGAUAUAAAGCACUGCGAAAAAUUCUACAGGUGUGUCGAUAACGGUAAAGGUAGUUUCAUUCGUCACGAAUAUGUUUGUGGCGAAGGUACUGUAUGGGAUCAAAGUUUAGAAGCCUGUAAUCACCGUUCGGCUGUUAAGGAAUGUGAUUUUACUAAAAAUACUACAACCAAUGUACCAAGUGAGGGUACUAUCGAAUAUUCUGUAACAUUUACAACAUCUUUGAAAUAUGAAGAUUCUCCGGUGACACAAAAUGUAUUGGCCGUUUUACUAUCUAAAAAUGACUCAAGUGUUAUUUGCACUAAAGAAGGUUUUAUAGCUGACCCGAAAAACUGUAAGUCAUUUUAUAGAUGUGUUAACGAUGGUAGGGGUGGUCUCACAAAAUAUCAAUAUAGCUGCGGAGAAGGCACUUAUUGGAACCAAGAAAUCCUGUCCUGUGAUCAUGAUACCGGAGAAGCCGAUUGUAAUUCUCAGACUACGACCAAACCUAUGGCAAAUGAACAUCAUCCACAAACAACGGAAAAUUACGCGCCUAGUAGCUCAGAGUAUUUACUAGGAGAUAAAUUAAAUUAUGAUAACGACAGUAGUGCCAUUGAACCUCCUCCAAAUUCGGCAGGUGCUUGUUUAUCAGAGGGAUACUAUCCGAAUGAAAAAGAUUGCAGAAGAUUUUAUCAGUGUGUAGAUAAUGGUAAGGGAGCUUAUACCAAAUAUGAUCAUAUUUGCGGUGAAGGUACCGCCUGGGAUCCUAAUACACAGAUAUGCACUCAUAUCGAUCAAGUAUCAUCUUGCAAAGAGUCAGUAACGCAUGACGCAGAUAAUACUCAAACAACCGAGAGUUCGGGAUCAACAACACAAGGUUUGACUUCAUCUACAACCAGUAUGACAACGUCGAGUAGUCCCGAUUCUAAUUUGCAUACUAUGGACGUUUGUGCCAGUGAAGGUUACUUUGGUAAUACCCAAGACUGCAAAAAGUUUUAUAGAUGCGUUAAUGAUGGUAAAGGAGGAUACACAAAAUACGAUUUCAUUUGCGCUGAAGGUACUAUAUGGGAUAAAGAUAUUCCCACUUGCAAUCAUCCUAAAAAUGUUGCAAAUCCGUCGUGCAAUCAGAAUACAACUACUAGUAACUCGACAACAAACACGUCAGAGAGUAAUGAAGGUCAAAACGAAGCAUCUAAAGUACCAGGAAACAGUAGUGUUAACUGUACUAAAGCUGGAUUUUAUCCCGAUCCAAAUAAUUGCAAGAAGUUUUAUCGAUGUGUAGACUGGGACGGCAAUGAAACGAAGUUUUCCAUUUUUCAUUUUGAAUGUGGUGAAGGUACAAUAUGGGAUCCAGCUGUAGAUACAUGUAAUCACGAAGAUUCUGUGUACCCACCUCGCAAUUGCAGUGGUUCUCAGGCGUCAGUAACAGAAGAAACUACUACAACAGAAAAAGAAAGUACUACAAAAUCAAGCACACAAGCGACUAGUCAGUCGCUUACAGAAUCAACAACGCAAUCAACAACUACGUCGACAAGUGAACCAACAAACCAAAUCACAACGGAAUCUGCUACCACUGAAUCUGCAGCACAAACCACAACUGAACGGUCAGAAGAAAGUACCACAGAACAAUCUGGAAAAAGUACGACUGAUCGCUCAGGAGAAGGUUCUACUGAACAGCCACCUGAAAGUACUACUGAACGGUUAGGAGAAAGUACUACAGAACAGUCACAGGAAACUACUACUGAACAGCUAGGAGAAAAUACAACAAAAGAGUCAGUAGAGAGCACUACUGAACAGUUAAAAGAAAGUACCACUGAAAAGUUAGGCGAAAGUACCACUGAGAAGUUAGGAGAAAAUACAACAGAAAAAUCGGUAGAGAGCACUAGUGAACCCUCUGGAGAAAGUACAACAGAACAAUCAACUGAAAGUACUACAAAAGAAUCCAUAGAAAAUACAACUACAGAAGGUUCAGGUACAGUUCAAACAACAACGGAGCAACAAGAGACAACAGAAAGUGGAACAGAUUAUUCUACACAAAAACCUGCAGAAAGCGACUGUCCUAAGAUAGAAGACGACCAAAACUUAUUUGUAUGUCCAUCGUCUUUUAGAAGACAUCCUAAAUAUUGUAAUUUAUUCUAUCAAUGCGAUGAAAAUGAGGAUAGUCAUGAAUUAAAAAUUGCAGUGUUUGCUUGUCCUAAUAAUACAAUUUAUGAUGAAAACAAAACGAAAUGUGUUAAUGAAAGUAAAGCUGAAAAAACAUGUGAUGGAGAAAUAUCACAAAAACGUAGAGUCAAACGAAAAGAGAGAAUAGGAAAUAUUCUCAAUGAUCCACUCGUUGUCUCUGAAAAAAGUCUCGGGUGUUCUAACACUGGAUAUUUCGCAUUCGAAAAAGAAGGUGAUUGCUCCCAAGGAUUUCUUAAAUGUACAUCAACAAAGUCGAACAAGCUACGAGGAUUAGUGUAUCAGUGUCCAGAAAGUUACAUAUUUUGGAAUGUGAGCAAACGAUGUGAACCAUUAUAUAAAGUUAGUGACUGCAAGCGUUCGCUUGUCAACGACUGGAGUAGCAGACGGGAGAUACCUAUAGAAAUACAAAAUGUAGCCUGGUGA